AUGGCGGCCCAAGCAAUUUUCCUACUUGGCCUUGCAGCUGCUGGACAAGCAGCUCCAAGUAUGAAAGAUUUUCAUCGUGGAUGCCAAGGUGAAAAAACAACACCAGAGCAGUUGCAUUUCAACUAUGCCGGUGAUCGUGGUAUGACAAUAAGUUGGAACACCAAGGCCAAACUUGAAUUUCCAGCUGUUCGAUACGGACGAGAUCGAUGGCUUGAUCAGAUGGUGUUUUCCGAGGUCUCCGUCACGUAUCCCACAUCCACUACAUAUAGUAACCAUGUCUUUAUUGAUGGCUUAGAGCCAGACACCGAGUACAGCUUUUCUGUUCUGUGUGCCGAUGAGAAUGAUCACCACCAGUUCAAAACUAGCAUUGCUCCAGGAAACCCCCGUCCAUACACCUUUGCCUUCAUCGGAGAUCUGGGUACCAUGGGGCCACUUGGAUUGGCAGAUUACGGACAGGAAGAUGCUCUCAGCCUUGGUGAGAUCACGACAAUGCAAUCGCUGAGCCAAUUUAAGGACCAGUUUGAGUUUGUUUGGCAUGGUAACCAUGAGGCAAACUGUGACAAUGGUGGAUCUGGCCCUUACACUGAUAGCAUUUGCAUGGAGGGCCAGACCAACUUCACCGGCUUUCGAAACCACUUUCGUAUGCCUUCGCCACAGUCUGGGGGCCUCGAGAAUUUCUGGUUCUCUUGGGAUUCUGGCCUGUUUCUUGACGCCCCCGAUCUACCCGGCGGCAGCGGUGACGAGAACGCAGGUCCUUUCGCGCCAAACGGUACCCAAAUCGAAUGGUUGAAGAAAGACUUGGCUUCAGUCGACCGCAAAAAGACUCCAUGGAUAAUCGUCGCUGGUCAUCGACCCUGGUAUGUUGAUGACUCCAAAUGUGGUUCUUGUCAGACGGCUUUCGAGCCUCUGCUUCUGGAAUACGGAGUCGACAUUGCCCUCUUCGGUCACAAGCAUUUCUAUGAACGUUUGACGCCCAUAGCGAGUGACACACCUGAUCCUAAAGGCCUGAACAACCCUUCCGCGCCGUGGUAUCUUGUAAAUGGGGCUGCUGGUCACUACGAGGGUUUGUCAUCUGUGGAUACUCCAUAUGAGAACUAUACAGUCAAAGCAAUCGACACUGUCUACGGGUGGAGCCGCUUCACUGUUCACAAUUGUACCCAUAUUACGCAAGAUUUCAUUGGUAAGAAACUUUGGCCCUGA